AUGGGCGAUUUUGACGGUUCUACGUAAAAUGUCGGGAUAGCCGAUCUUAGGUUCUCUUUGUCCUAAUGAUUCUAAACUUGCCGGAUGAUAAUUGUUCUUAAGUCCAAUUGUUCCGAUCAUCAUUCCAAGAUAUUGUGUAUGUGGCACGUGCACUGGAUGGAUCGACAGUAGUCACCAAUGCAUUCUUCGUACCUAAGAUAACUUUAGUCAUUUUUCGAAGGUAUAUACGAUAUUCGUACAGUGUCAGCAUUCUUUGUCCUAAGUCUAGGCUGUCGACGAAACCCACGAAUGCUUAUCAAUGAAAUAUUAGAUACCGCACGUAUAGCAUUCAUUGGGCAUCUUUAGACAUCUUAUCAUCCUGUGUAUUCGUGACAGAUGUGUGUAUUGAAGUAGAAUUCACAAUGAGGGGACUCAUAUUUUUUUACAUAUUCUCAUUAUGCUCCAGUCAACUUGGAGCAGACAAGAAGAUCAACAAAUACGUAACAACUUUAAUAAAUGCUAAAUGGAAGGAGACACCUCUUGUUCUCGAAGCAGCUGAAUAUCUUAGCGAUGAGAAUCCAAAUUACUUUUGGAAAUUUAUCAAAUCUUAUUCCAAAAUAGUUAAACAUUCUACACCACAUACACAGCAGGAUAAUUAUAACAUCAUUUUGGAAUUGGCCCAAAAGUAUCUGUCUCCAUCUGAGAUAGCAGUUUUUAAGUUAGGAAUGUCUUUACGUAUUUAUUCUGCACGUGUGGAAAUGUUCUUUCAAAUGGCUGUGAAUAAAAAUGUUUCUUCAUAUGGAUUUUGCGACAAUUUUGUUAACAUUGGUGAAACAUUCACUUGUUCUCUAGAAGAUAUAGAUAGGUUGCUUGAGCAGGAUACAUUGGAAACUGUAGAUACUUAUGAUGUAGAUCAUAAAUAUUUAAGUACUCCAGAAUCAGAUAAAAUAAUGAUAUUGUAUGGUCAGAUUGGGACAUCUACGUUUAUUGAUUUUCAUGAGAAGCUAAAAAACAUAGCAGAAACAAAAGGGAUCAAUUACAUUCUUCGUCAUUUUAUUAAAGAUUAUAAUGAGGGGGAGGAUACAAAAUUGCGUUUAUCAGGCUAUGGUGUAGAAUUGCAAAUGAAAUCUACAGAGUACAAAGCAACUGAUGAUUCUGAUAUUAAAGACAACACAGGGAAAAGCUCCGAAAUGGCAAACGAUGGCAUGGAAGAAAUUGAGGGGAUCAACUUUAUGAUUUUAAAGAAAUUAUAUCCAGAUCAUCAAGCUGAAUUGGAUAAAAUACAGACAUAUUUACUGGAAACUAGUCAUGAAAUCGGUGCUUUUAAAGUAUGGCAAUUUCAAGAACUAAGUCAUCAGGCAGCUGAAAGAAUAAUGAAGUCUCCUUCUGCAGAAGCACUAAACAUCUUGACUGAUAUAUCGCAAAAUUUUCCUAUGCAAGCAAAAUCACUAAUCAGAACUAAAGUAAAUAUCGAUAUGAAGAAGGAAAUGAAAUUAAAUCAAGAAAUAUUUAUGGCAAGUCUAAAUAUUCAACCAACUGACACAGCGCUUUUCAUCAAUGGCUUAUAUUUUGACCUGGAAGCUAUUGAUAUUUUAACCCUUUUAGAAUCUUUAAGGAAUGAAUUACGAGUAAUGGAAGCUCUUCAUAAAAUUGGUUUUAGUAAUAAAAAAAUGAGUAAAUUAUUAGCUUUGGAUUUAUCUGGAGGUACAGAUAAUCAAAAUUUUGCAAUGGACAUAAGAGAUUCCGCAAUUAAUUGGAUCAAUGAUAUUGAAAAUGAUCCACGUUAUAGUAAUUGGUCACCAUCAUUAACCGAAUUAUUACGGCCAACGUUUCCUGGCAUGCUCAGAAAUAUUAGAAGAAAUUUAUAUAAUCUAGUAUUAAUUAUCGAUCCUCUAAGUGACGACUCCAUGCCACUCAUUGCUCUAGCACAAUCUCUCUAUGCGCAUUCUGCACCAUUGAGGGUAGGAUUUGUCUUUGUGACAAAUUAUAAUACAUCGGUAACAGGUUUAAUGGAUGCCAGUGUCGCAGUUAACAAUGCAUAUCACUAUUUUGCAGACACUAGAAGUCCAAAAGAGGCUUUACAUUUCUUGUCAGAGUUAGGAAAUUACAUCGGACAUUCUGGUGUCAACGUGGAUGAUGUAAAAAAAGUUAUUCGAUCCAGAGACUCAUCCGCUAGUAUACCUUACAUCCUUGGUGAGGAGUCAGAAUAUGAUGUAGGACGGCAUCUAGCCAGCGACUUUAUAAAACGAUGUGGUUUCAAGAAGUUCCCACAAGCUUUGUUAAACGGUGUUCCUUUGACGCCUAAUCAGAUAAAUUCUGAAUCGUAUGAGGAAGCAGUGUUAUCUACUAUUAUGUUGCAAACUCCUAUAUUGCAAAAAGCAGUGUAUCGAGGUGAAGUAACGGAAGGAGACGACAUUGUUGAUUUUCUCAUGAACCAACCAAAUGUUAUGCCACGAUUGAACGAACGUAUCUUAAAAGUGGAUAAGAAUGCAUGGUUAAAUUUAAUCGGUACAAUUCCUGAAGAUGACGAUUAUACUAAAUGGGCUUCUCAAAAUCUAUCAACUUAUUUAAUGAAGAAAAUGCACUACUUGUUCGUACCGCGUCGCAAUAUGCGUCAUUUAUAUUCCUUUUGGAUUGUAGCUGAUUUGAAAUCAUUAUCUGGCAGACAAUUACUACGAGAGGCUCUUGAAUAUAUAGAAUCAAAUGCUGAUGCGCGAAUUAGUAUUAUUAUUAAUGCGGAAGAUGAUGCGAAUCUAAAGUCUGAUAUUAACAAAAUUGUGCUUGCUGCAAUAAGUGCAUUAUCACCAGAAAAGGCUAUACUUUACAUGCGUAAAAUCCUCAAAGAAGACACCGUAGCUCUCAUUGCUAAUGAUAACUUUGAGAUUGAGGAUGAAUCUGUGGCAGCAAUCUUAGAGAAUCAAAAUUCGAUAUUGUCAUUGCAUCAACAUUACGUUAAAGCUGUUUUAAACAUGGAGUUGGGAACAAGAGCAGUUAUGUGCAAUGGCCGUGUUAUUGGCCCUUUGGAUGAUAAUGAAGAAUUUACAAAUGACGACUUCUCUUUAUUAGAAAGAUUCAGCCAAAGCACCUAUGGCGAGAAAUUAUUUAUGAAAUUGAUAAAGGAUCAAAUCUUCAAUGAAGAUGAAUAUGAAGAAAAUAAUAUUACGGAUGAUACGAUUAUGAAGAUCACUUCACUCUUAGUGCCACGUCCACAAACUCGAAGUCGUUAUGAUGUUCCUUUCCAUGGAGAUGAUCACAGCGUUAUAAAAAUUCCAGCAGUUAAUCCCGAUGAAGUUGCCUUCAACUUUAUUGCCAUUGUAGAUCCAGUUUCACGUGGUGCUCAAAAAUUGGGCCCGAUAUUGAAAACAUUACAACAAGCCCUAAAUUGUAAUAUAAAAGUAUUUUUGAAUUGCGUAGACAAAAAUAGCGAUAUGCCAUUGAAAAGCUUUUAUCGAUUUGUGCUCGAACCUGAGUUGCAAUUUACAACAGAAGGAGAUAUUAGUGGUCCUAUCGCAAAAUUUACAAAACUUCCAACUUCAUCUUUAUUAACGCAAUACAUUCAUGCACCUGAGAACUGGCUUGUUGAAGUAGUUCGCAGCGUUUAUGAUUUAGAUAACAUUAAACUUGAUAAUGUCGCAAUGGGCGUACACAGUGAAUUCGAAUUAGAAUACUUGCUACUCGAAGGUCACUGUUUUGAAGCAGUAAUGGGAAAUCCACCAAGAGGCCUUCAGUUCACAUUAGGCACUGAGAAACAAUCUGUGAUGGUUGAUACUAUAGUAAUGGCCAAUCUAGGAUAUUUCCAACUCAAGGCAAAUCCUGGCGAAUGGGUGUUGCGACUUCGGCAAGGACGGUCCGCAGAAAUAUACGAUUUUACUACUAUUGAUGGACAGAACGUUAUUCAAAACGGCAAUGAUGUGAAAGUCCUGAUAAGUUCUCUGAAGAGUCACGUGUUGAAAGUGAAGGUUUCCAAAAAACCAGACAAAGCGGGAAUAGAUCUUUUAUCGGACAACGAGAAGGAUUCUGGAUUAUGGAACUCCAUUUCUAGCAUUGCCAAAUUUUGGACGUUUACAGCGACAGACGAAAAUGAAGAUAAAGAUGAGAAAUUAAAUAUAUUCUCUCUUGCCUCUGGGCAUUUAUAUGAAAGAUUUUUGAAGAUCAUGAUGCUAAGUGUUAUUAAACACACUAAAACACCAGUCAAAUUCUGGUUCUUAAAAAAUUAUCUUUCACCAACACUGAAGGAUUUUCUGCCUCAUAUGGCUAAGGAAUAUGGCUUUGAGUAUGAACUUGUUCAAUACAAGUGGCCUCGUUGGCUUCAUCAACAAACUGAAAAACAAAGAACUAUUUGGGGAUAUAAAAUUUUGUUCCUCGACGUGCUGUUCCCGCUGAACGUUAAGAAAAUAAUAUUUGUCGAUGCCGAUCAGGUAGUGAGAGCGGAUUUAAAGGAACUAGCAACCUUGGAUCUCGGCGGCGCGCCUUAUGCGUACACGCCGUUCUGUGACAGCAGAAUCGAAAUGGAUGGUUUCAGAUUUUGGAAGCAAGGCUAUUGGAGAAAUCACUUGCAGGGUCGUGCUUACCACAUUAGCGCGCUGUAUGUGGUCGAUCUCAAACGAUUCCGUCGUAUUGCCGCCGGAGAUAGGCUGCGAGGCCAGUAUCAGGCAUUGAGUCAAGAUCCAAAUAGCUUAUCAAACCUUGAUCAAGAUCUCCCUAACAAUAUGAUCCAUCAAGUGGCCAUCAAGACACUACCACAAGAAUGGUUAUGGUGCGAAACUUGGUGCGACGAUGUAUCCAAGAAAUAUGCCAAAACUAUAGAUUUAUGUAAUAACCCGAUGACUAAGGAAGCGAAAUUACAAGCAGCCAUGCGUAUCUUGCCGGAAUGGGUGGGUUACGACGAAGAAAUUAAAGUUCUGCAACAAAAGAUAGAGAAUGCAAACAGACAGACAUGGAGAGACAGCGAAACUGUUGAUCAUGUUUCAAACCAUAAUGAAUUAUAAAUUAUAUAUGAUGAUCUGAAGGAUAUAUUGAAUUCCAAGAUUGUUAAACAAAUUUUAUAAAAUUCUGUAUAAAGAAAUCUUCGUUUGUCCUAAAUUAACAAACGUUAAUACGUAAAAAUUUACAUAUUUCACUUUUGUAAUUAACGUUUGGCACUUUAUGUGUAAAUAUUUGCUACUGAUUGUGUAAACUCUAAAAAAUAAGGAUGUAUUAGAAGCUGAAGGUCUCUAUUACUUAUUAGAUCCAUACUUCGUAUAAUAUCUUAAAUUAUAAUCUUCAAAGUAAUCUCAUCUUUUCAUAUUGCAAACGCGCAAGAUUACUACUUCUUUAAAUCAAGUCGAAGCAAGAAGUCAGUAAAGUCCAUAAUUACCGAUAUUACAGUAUUCUGAUUACUCAUGAGCAUACAAUUCUGUUCAUGUUAUCGAGCCAAUGUUGUGAUUGAUUAUUGUCUACUAUGAUAGUUAUAAGAAAUAAACUUGUAACAUUUGUAAAAUAUCUUUGAUAUCUCCUCCUGUAUGCUGUAAGAAAGAAGACAAGAAAA